AUGCACGAAUACGCUCAAGACGCUGUGACGUAUGUGCAAAACUAUGGAACUCCAGAUUUAUUCAUUACGUUCACAUGCAAUCCGAAGUGGACGGAAAUUGAACGUGAGUUGGAACCAGGCCAAAAUCCACAAGAUCGCCAUGACAUAAUCACCAGAGUAUUUCAACAAAAACUCAAGGUUAUGAUUGAUGUGCUUACUAAGUAUCAAGUUUUUGGUGACACACGUUGUAAUGACAUUAUAUUAGCUGAAAUUCCUGAUCCAGUCACUGAUUCCCAUCAACACGACAUUCUGACGACACAGAUGUUGCAUAGACCGUGCAAUGCAUUUAAUCCAUUAUCACCUUGCAUGGCUGAUGAAAAGUGCACAAAACGAUAUCUACGACCGUUAGUUGCUAAAACAGUCACAGGGAACCAUGGAUAUCCAGUUUAUCGUUGGCGUUCAAAAGAAGAUAAUGGUCGAACUAUCAAAGUUAAAGUUCAAAAUCAAGAGGUAGAGAUCGGAAAUAAAUUCAUUGUACCAUAUUGCCCACUGCUAUCACGAAUUUUCGAAACAUAUGCAAACGUUAAGAGUUGUCAUUCGGCCAAAUUAAUCAAAUAUCUGUGCAAGUACGUCACAAAAGGUAGCGACAUGGCCGUGUUUGGUAUUGCAUCGAAAAAUGCGAAUGACAAAAUCAUUGUAUAUUUAGCAGUGCAUUUGGAAAAUAGCCAAAGAGUUUACUUCACUAAGGCUAAUGCGGCACAACGUGCUGAGAGACCACUAUCGAUAACAUUGACUAGCUUCUUUGCAAUUGGUGAAGCAGAUCCAUUCGCAGCAACGCUGAUAUACGUUGAAAUGCCUAAGCAUUACACUUGGAAUCAAUCAACAAAGAAAUUCCAACGUCGCAAACAAGGAAGCACAGUUCCAGAUUGGCCACAGGUGUUUUCCACUGAUGCACUAGGUCGCAUGUAUACUGUUCAUCCUAGAAAUGAUGAAUGUUUUCAUUUGCGACUGCUGUUGUUAUGGAAUAAAUACAAAGACGACAUUUGUGAAGAUAUCUUGCAUCGCUUGCGCAAUCAAACGAAUAAUCCUGACAUCCAAAUAACUGAUGAAAUCUACAAUGAAAGAUUAAUUCUGAUUAAGGAUCAAUGCUUAACUACUGCAAACAUGCUACUGAUUAAAGUAGCAAUGAUUGCGCCAAAUCGAUCGAUGCGCGAUGCAUUCAACCAAGAAUUAAAUCGAGAGCUGAGAUAUAAUGUUGAUACAUUGCAGGAAUUCGUUCAAAAUAAAGUGCCGUUGUUGAAUGAACAGCAAAAACAAGUAUACGAAACAUUUAUGCAAGCGGUGGACAAUAAUACUGGUGGUGUAUUCUUGCUGGAUGCACCUGGAGGAACAGGAAAAACAUUUGUCAUUUCAUUGAUUUUGGCCACUAUUCGAUCAAGAUGUGACAUAGCUUUGGCGGUAGGAUCAUCUGGAAUUGCGGCGACUCUUCUAGGUGGCGGUCGUACUGCACAUUCUGCGCUUAAGUUGACACUUAAUUUAAACACAAUUAAUACUCUAACAUGCAAUAUUUCCCGAUCCACUGCAAUGGGAAAAUUGUUGAUGCAAUGCAAGCUCAUUGUUUGGGAUGAGUGCACAAUGGCACAUAAUAAAUCACUUGAAGCACUUAACUUCACACUGAAGGAUCUUCGGCGAAAUAACAACAUCCUUGGCGGCUUGAUGAUUUUGUUAGCAGGCCAUUUCAGGCAGACGUUGCCAGUAAUUCCCCAUGGAACGCUUACAGAUAAAUUGAAUGCUUGCCUGAAGGCAUCACCUUUAUGGAAUAACUGUGGCAAAGCUGCUGAGGAGGUGACUGCGGAUUGCAGUCACGCUGAGGCCAUGCAGCUCAGAGAGGACUGCGUCGCGCUCCAUGAGGAGUUCAAGCGUGAGCAUGCUCUCAUUGAAAAUGCGUGCCCAGCGGUGUUGCUCAGAAAUGAGUAUUUCAGUCAGAGUUCGUCUGGAGCUGCGCAGCAGGCAUACUUGAGUCACACUCAACGAGGCAAGCUCCCGGAGAUUAAGCUUCCGCAAUUCUCUGGCAACUACACAGAAUGGCUAGCAGAGCUCAUCAAGGAACUCCCUCUCACUGCUGAAUUCUUCAAGAUUGCUUGGGAUGCUCUGCUCGAGAGAUAUGGAAAGAAGCGACUUGUGCUCGCACAGCUGCUGCAGGCCAAGAGACGCAUUCCACCGAUGCGUGUUGGCAGCGUUGGGUCGCUGAUGGAUUUGGCAAUGGAGAGUCGAAAGCUCCGCAGGCUUAUUUCUGGCCUUGGCUCUACUCAAGAGGUGCUGAAUGCCUUGUUCGUGGAUGAGCUGCUAUGA